AUGGCAGCUCAACUUGGCCUUCUCUCAAUGACCCAACAAUCUCAGCACCAUCGAAACCCCAGCUUGACUACUCCCAUGUGGAUGUGGAACCCUAUGCAACUCAAAGACAACAAUAACAACAACGACGACGAUGAUUCGUGGGAGGUGAGAGCCUUCGCGGAGGACACCGCCAGCAUCCACGGCACAACUUGGCCACCAAGGUCUUAUACUUGCACCUUUUGUAGAAGAGAAUUUCAGUCCGCGCAAGCCCUAGGUGGUCAUAUGAAUGUGCACCGUCGAGAUCGAGCUAAACUACAUCAAAACUCCAAUUCCUUCAAUAAUAUUUCCAAUUCAUCACCGUCUCCAAAUUCCUUAAUCCCAAGUCAUCAAGAAUUUGCCUCAAAUGGUGGUGGGUUUCUUCUAUACCAAUCAUCUAACCCUAAUGGGCUGUUUUGUGCUCAAAUGGCUAUGAAUAGUGCAUGUACUGCUAAUACUAUGAGCUCUUCUCCUUCUACUCUUCUCUCCAUGUCUCCAUAUCCACCUAGCAAUCUGGUUUCACCGUCUAUGAAUCUUAACUUGGUUUCGCCGCCGGGGAAGAUGAAUUUUAGUACUCAUAGUUAUUAUCAAUCUAGCAAAGAUGAAGCUUCAAUUUCUAUUAGCAAGAAGAAUUGGGAGAAGACUGAAGAGCUUGAUCUGGAGCUCCGGCUUGGACAUAGAUGAUGGAUCUCCUCAUCUCCAAAUCGACUAGAUGACAAGCCAAGUUUUCACAGGUUUUUGAGUGAUGAGACUUUUAUUUUUGUUUUCUUAAAUUGGUGUGUUUAAUUAUUUAAUCUGUGUUUUUGUUUCUGUAAGUGUG